AUGAGGAGGAAGGAGAAGAGGCUGCUGCAGCUGGCCGGGCUGCUGAUCGCAGCGCUGCUUUUCCUGCCGAAUGUGGGUUUAUGGUCGCUGUAUCGAGACAGAGUGUUUGAAAACUCGCCUGCGUCGCUGGACGAUCACAGCGUCCGCGGUCAGGGACUGAACGGAGGGCCCAGGCCACCCGCGAGUCAUGGUGGUCAGCGGAGGAAAGACUGGCACGAUUAUGAAGUGAUCAAAAGAGAUGCAGCCCGAACAGGUAACGGUGAACAGGGCAAGUCGUUCCCGCUGACCGAUGCUGACCGUGUUGACCAGGCCUACAGAGAGAAUGGCUUCAACAUUUAUGUCAGCAACAGAAUCUCUCUCAACCGCUCACUGCCCGACAUACGACACCCAAACUGUAAGCUGAAGCUGUAUGCCGAGAAGCUUCCAAACACCAGCAUCAUCAUCCCCUUCCAUAAUGAAGGCUGGUCUUCUCUCCUCCGGACCGUCCACAGCGUCCUCAACCGCUCCCCGCCUGAGCUUAUAGCGGAGAUUAUACUGGUGGAUGACUUCAGCGACAGGGAGCACCUGAAGGCCUCUCUGGAGGAUUACAUGGUCCGCAUGCCAAAGGUUCGGAUCCUGCGCACUAAGAAGCGUGAGGGAUUGAUCCGGACGAGGCUGCUGGGCGCCGCCGCUGCUAAAGGAGAGGUCAUCACCUUCCUGGACUCGCACUGCGAGGCUAACGUCAACUGGCUCCCGCCACUACUGGAUCGCAUCGCCCAGAACCGAAAAUCGAUCGUGUGUCCGAUGAUCGAUGUGAUUGAUCAUGAUAAUUUUGGCUAUGAGACGCAGGCUGGCGAUGCGAUGCGAGGAGCGUUUGACUGGGAGAUGUAUUACAAACGCAUCCCCAUUCCUUCGGAGCUGCAGAAGGACGACCCCAGCGAACCCUUCGAGUCUCCUGUGAUGGCUGGAGGUUUGUUUGCGGUGGACAGGAAGUGGUUUUGGGAGCUGGGAGGAUAUGACACGGGGCUGGAGAUUUGGGGCGGAGAGCAGUAUGAAAUAUCGUUUAAGGUGUGGAUGUGCGGUGGGAGGAUGGAGGAUAUCCCCUGCUCUCGGGUCGGCCACAUUUACAGGAAGUACGUCCCCUACAAAGUACCCGGAGGGGUCAGUCUCGCCAGGAACCUCAAGCGUGUGGCGGAGGUGUGGAUGGAUGAAUACGCUGAAUAUAUUUACCAGCGGCGGCCGGAAUAUCGCCACCUGUCUGCAGGGGAUGUAACUGCGCAGAAGGAGCUGAGAGCCAGGCUGAACUGUAAGAAUUUUAAAUGGUUCAUGACGGAGGUGGCCUGGGACCUGCCCAAACACUACCCACCUGUCGAGCCUCCGGCCGCAGCGUGGGGCGAGCUGCGUAACGUGGGCAGUGGCCUCUGUAUGGAGAGUAAACACUUCUCCUCCGGUUCUCCACUCAGAGUGGAGACGUGUGUGAAAGGACGAGGAGAAGCAGCCUGGAAUCACGGACAGGUGUUUACGUUUGGCUGGAGGGAGGAUAUAAGGGUCGGUGAUCCACUCCACACUAAGAAAGUGUGUUUUGACGCCAUUUCGCACAACAGUCCGGUUACACUGUACGACUGUCAUGGCAUGAAGGGAAACCAGCUGUGGCGCUACAGGAAGGAUAAGACUCUGUACCACCCCAUCAGCAACAGCUGUAUAGACCACAACCCCACAGAGAAACGAGUCUUCAUGAACUCCUGUGACUCCAGCUCACCCAGCCAGCAGUGGAUUUUCGAAAGGACCAACUCCACUGUUCUGGAGCAGUUUAACCGCAACCACGACUCCUGAAGCUCAGCACACUGAGCCCUCGGGGCUUUGGGACGUGGACUUCUGGGGCCUGAAGCCAAAGCGAGAAAUCUGAUGUGCAGCCCUCACUUUCAAACAGACGACUGACUGAACAUCGAGGUUUUUCCUCACGGGCAGUGAAGAGCAACACCAAUGAAAUUACGGAAAACUGUCUCAUAUACACUUUUAGCAUUUGUCCUUUUAUGAAUGUAGGCAAGAGUCUUUCCACCAGCUCCACAUCAAAGUAGUGUUAGAUUUCAGUCACGUUAGCUGGAGCUGCGGCCUAAAACAGUCACAGUUUCAUUAGUAAGCUCACUAAUGCUGGCUAAGCGCUUGUUUUAACCUUCUAACUAAUGACUGUGGCUAGCCAGCUACCUAGCUAGCUAGCUUUGUUUUUGUCAUUGGUAAAGCUGUGAACAUAUGCAAGUCUUUUCACCAGCUUAACGUCAAAAUAGUGCAAAAUUUCGUAAAAGAGUAAACUAACUAAAAGAGUCAUAUUUUCAUUUGGUAAUGUUAGCUAACAUGCUAAUAAACUGGUUAGGUACCAGUUUUGUCCUUCUAGCUAAUAACAGUGGCUAGCUAGACAGCUAGCUUUGUUUAUAUCAUUGCUAUUGGGUACUUGACUAGACAGUGUAAGCUAACUUGCUAAUGCUGGUUAGGUGAAGGUUUUGUCCUUCCAGUGAAUGAUAAUGGAUAGCCAGCUAGCUAGCUAGCUAGCUUUGUUUAUGUCAUUGCUAUUGGUAACUUGGCUAGUUAUGUUAAACACACAUCUCCUCAUUUGUUUCAUUCAGAAAUAAUUAUAGUUAAAUUACAGACAGUUAUUUGUUGACACAACAGCAACUAGGGAUGUGCAAUACGACAGAAUUUUGUGUUUUUCUCUUUUUUAACUCCUUAGCGAAUUAGUUAGCGCUAAAUUGCAGUGACGUUAGCGAAAACAGUCGCAUUUUCAUUUUAACAUUUCAUGUUAGCUAACAUGCUAAUGUUGGUUAGGUGCCAGUUUUGUCCUUCUAGCUAAUGACUGGCUAGCUAGCUAGCUAGCUUUGUUUAUGUCAUUGCUAAUGGUAACUUGGCUCAUUAUGUUAAGCACAAAUCUCCUCAUUUGUUUCAGUCAGAAAUAAUUACAGUUAAAUUACAGACGGUUAUUUUCUGACACAACAGCAACUAGGGAUGUGCAAUACGACAGAAUUUUGUGUUUUUCUAUUUUUUUUUUUACAUUAGUGAGUAAGUUAAUGUUAGCUAACUUGCUAAUGCUGAUUAGGUGUCAGUUUUUGUUCUAGCUAAUAUAUUCUUUAUUUUUACCACACUGUUGGCAACUUUGCUAACAUUAGCCUAGAUAAUGUUACAGUUGUUUGGACAGCGUCUUUCCACGGUCCAGGAUUACUUCACGAUGACCACCAGCCGUUAACCCAGAGCCCUGAAGGAAAGAUCUUUCUCCUGGAAAUUUCCUUCAUCUCUCCUCAGACAUUUCCAUCAAACUCAUCCUUCUCGUCAUCCCCUGUUCACCUGACAGCUGUUUAAUAACAGAAGCUCCAGGCAGAGGUCAGGAACACAGCCAGGCGGGCCUGUAAACGAGACGAGACUGAUGGCACAUCACAGAUUUGGACUGUUUUGGCUCCAAACUCGGCCAGGUUGUGGUUUCAGGCCCCAGUGCAAUUAAAGCCGAGGCUGUUUUGAUGCACUAAACCUCGCGCUCCGUGUAAAGCAGCGGAUCGGAGGCAGUCGGAGGGACUUUGACAGUAAAUGGAGUGAAAUGGAGCGUACUUUUGCGUGUUCGUGGGUUAUUAUCCGAUACCGGAGGAACUCGGAGGACGCCUUCUCCCUUUGUUUUGAUGCAUAAAGCACUCAUAAAUGUUAAACUUGAAUCCAAUCCUUGUGCCUUGCUGUUAGAGAACAUUAUAACAACCCGGCACAGAGUUUAAAUAUGCUCCUGAUGUUUUUUGUACGGACUGAGUAAAGAAACGAGUGAAUGUUCAUCUGCGUCUGCAACACUGAA